AUGUUGAAAGUAAAGAAAGAAAAACGGCGUAAAGCACUCGAAAACGUUUGCGGCCUAACAAAGCUUUUAAAAAGCUUAGCAAUAACUUCACUUCGUUUCUCAUGUAGAUUUAUGUUUGCAUUAAGAACAAAUGAAAAACGAAUAUUUUUUUUGUCUUGUUUCACAUUUUUCGCAUUUUACUCGGGGGUAGAGGACCCCAUUAAAAUUACAUUAACUAUUAAAACAAAAAAUGAUGACAAUAAAAGUCCUAAUGAGUAA